AUGAACACCACGCAGUUCGAAGAUCUAUUCUUGAGCGCAGAUUGGUCUUCUUACAUGAUCUCGAUCAUCUGGUUAAAUUCUGAGAUGCUUGGCGGCGCUGCUGUCCUUCUUGGUGCACUUUACAACUAUAACAUGACUGAGCUAGUCAAUGAUCCUAAUCUUAUUCAUUCGGCAGCAAAAGCAAAGCAGAGAUAUUUCGGAGAGGUACUGCAGGCAGCUUUGGGUCAACCUGGUUCCUCUCAACAUAUCAGCACCAAGGGCCAUGUGAAUGCCAUUGAAAGCCGUGUUGUAGUCCAAGCUGGACCUGCGAUCGCGCUAGGGGUUCUUUUCGCUAUCUCGUUCUUUCUUUUGGUUGCAGUCUGGUGGCUCUCACAGCAUCGUCGCCGACCCUUGAACCUAAGAAGGGACCCAGCAACGGCCGUGGGAGUUGCUUAUUUGGUGACGCAGAAUGAGAGGUCAAGAGCUGGGUUCCAAGUAUUACGGCAGCCCGACUCGAAGUAUUUGGAGGAAAAGAUCGGAAAAGAAUAUUACUAUAUCGACUCCCAGGGACUAUCCAGAGGUGACUCUGAGCUACCACAGGACCACGAUUCUAUACAAUCAGAGAACGGAACUCCGGCACUCCUUCGUCUUCCAGUCCUUCUGGUGCUUGUUCUCAUCCUGGCUCUUGUGAUCGUUGGAGUCGCCGUUCUUUAUCACUAUGCUGAAAGUUACCGGUUAUAUGGCAAGGCCUUCGUGUACCAGGUUCAACUAUCUUUCCUUGGCAAUGGCAUGUCUUCGGUGGCCCCUUUCUCGAUGAUCCCAACCGUCAUAGCGACCCUUAUUGGUCUCUGGUGGGGUGCUAUCGAUGAUAAUUUUCGUCGUCUGCAACCAUUCUUAUCCAUGUCAAAGAAUGAUCCUCCUUGCAAACAGGGCGCAGACUUGUCGUACCAAUCCUCCUACUGGAUGUGGGCGGCUGGAAAAGCGGCCUUCAACAGACAUUGGUUACUCUUCCUUGUCGCUCUGGGCUCUACCCUAUCUCCCGUCUUCACUACCACAAUGUCGGCUCUCUUUGAGAGAGGCACUGGCAAUAUCAUUCGGCCGGUGGACCUUGAACGUCAAUUAGAAGUUCGUGAGAUCCCUUUCAUCUUCGAAACGAUGCAAUCAACCUACCCUGGCGGGCUCACAACGAGCGACUAUACGGCAACAAUUCUUGGAGACCUUUACAAGAAUAUCUCAUCAUAUUGGAUGUAUACUGCUACCAUUCAAUUAGCUUUGAACGGCUCUGAGCCUGCUUGGAGCAAGGAUGGAUGGAAUUUUGUCCCACUUGAUCUUUCCAACAUCACAUCUGCAGAUUCCUUGGCCAGUAUAGGUGCCAGCAAACCAGACAGCCUCAGUUCGGAGACCCAGACAAACGUGACAUUCAACACGCCAGCUAUUCGUGGGCGCAUCGAGUGUAGUCAGCCUCCUGUAGAAGCUCUUGCUAAUGUGAGCAAUUGGCUCACGCCUACUUAUUUAACCAAUCACAAGCUCUACAAUCAGACUACGGUCCCGGCCAACCUCGAAGGAGGUUACGAGCUUGGCGCUUCCCAUGGGGUUGAGCACCAAGCCUCUCAAAUUAUUCCGCUGCUGCCAUCACAGAAUCUGACAGAAUGUCCCGGAUGCACAAAUGUCUUUGUCAACCCAUCCCAAAUCAUGUGCUGCGGAAAUAGCUCAACCAAUUCAAGACAGGGAGAUGUCGGAGUAGGCUAUUGGUCGCCGAACCACGGUCUCGCCUACAUGCAGUCCACUCCUCGUCAAUGGCAGAGAAAUUUCACCACUAAAUGGAUUCACGGGGAGGCUGUCACUGGCAUCAAAAUCGUCGACACCUUAGGGUACCCCGAUCCAGCGCUUCUGUUCCCCGAGCCCCCGUCGAUGUCACUCUUCAACUGCAGGCCUAUUGUCGAGAGCGCCAACGCGAAAGUCACAGUGGACUCGUCAAAUGGCAAUGUCCAGACUUUCAGUAUCCUAAGUGAUAUCCAAGAAGAGACAGAGCCCUGGUUGGAUAACUUCCUCCCCAUAAUGGCUCAUCAAUCGUCGAUGAUUAUGGCUAUAUGUCCUACAAUCUAUGGACGACUUUUCACAGCCACGAUGCUCUCAUCAGCAGACAUCCUUCACAUAUCCGGAUCAGACCAUUCCAUUGGGUAUACGGUGGAAGAUCUCCGCGACAACACAUAUACCAUCCGAGAUCAGAUGAAAGGCCUGAACAUGGAUUUCAUGACCUACUCCAUGUACUCGAUGGCCGGGAAGGAUCCGAAGGCCCUUCUGGACCCCGACACAUUCACCCAUCUGGCGCAAAAGACGUACACGACCUUCUUCCAACACUUCAUCAGCAAGAACAUCUCCAUGGAAACCGGGGGCUGGGGCUACCAGAAGAUCAACGCAAGCUUACCCGCUAGUCUCCAAGAAGUGGUGGAUAUUGAUCAACUUGGACUUCCGGGGAAGACAGCUUCAAAGUACCAGGAUAAAAAGCAUCCCAUCUCUCAUACGAAUCGGACAGUCCAAGUCCAUGUUUCGCAGGAGGUCGAGCUGCUUCAGAUGAAUACCGUGGCGGUGGGGUUGAGCAUUGGUAUCCUUGGAUGGCUGGUCUUGACAACUGCGGUGGUCGCCCUUGCGCAGAAGCAUUACUUCGGUUCUCUCGUGCGCAAUGUGGAAAGUCUAGGCGAUGUUCUAGUUCUGAUCGCGGGAAGCGCCAACUUCUUGCAGGUGGUGCGGGAGAUCGAGGCAGGGAGGCUGUCGCCUGAUGACUAUGAGAAUCUCAGAACACGACUCGGAUGGUUCAUGGAUGAGGAGGGGCACCUGCGAUGGGGGAUCGAAAUGGAGCAAAGCUACGGCGAAGGGCCCGAUGUCAAUUGGGUUACGAAACCGACCUUUUCCAAGGAGAAAGGCGCGAGUACGUGGAAUCUUGCCGAUGAGCAGAACGUGUAA